AUGAAGAGGGCCGCGGGCACGCUUUCGGGGUCUGCACCAACACACCUGGGAGACUUCCUACGCGUCACACAGGGCGCGUACCUGGUCGCGGAUCAAUUUGCGGCCCAGGCGGCGGUGAACAACCGCGCAUCGAUGCUGGGCCGCGCCAUCUUCCGCUCACCGCCCCCUGCCAUGCGCACCACCAGCGCCGAUGCUGCCACAGCCACGGCCCCACAAACUGGAGCAUCUGCUGCAGAAAUCGCCACAACCCAGGAUGUGGCGGCGUCGUCAUCGGUGCUAGCACCGCCAGUUGUUGUUCCCAUCCCUCCCGUUGCUCCUGCACCCACCACGGCAACUGCACUCCCUCCCCACGCCGUACACUCUCCCGUGCCGCCCUCUGCCCCAGCGCCUUCUGCCCUCGCGGAAUCCACCCCAGCACCCCAAGCGGCGAAGUUGAGUGGUGCCGGUGCCAAGGUGGAGGCCCAGGCUCCACCGCUGGAAGAACCACUCACGAAGACUGCGCCACCGCCGCGACCGACAUUCGACCGGAUCAAAUACCUCCAAGAGCAACAGCAACGAAUCAAAGAGAACUCCAAGCAGCGAAAGGUCCCGAGCUCGCAGGUCGGCAGGCUCUGGCACUUUGGCGGCCUGGGCGUGAGGAUGGGGAUGGGGACCCUUGGCGAAGCCGCUAUGAGGACGGUGGGGCUUGGGAGUUCCGCAUCGGCUCAUCCGGCAGUCACUCCCGCCAACGCUCAGAGACUGACCAACACCCUCGGACGAAUGCGCGGGGCGGCAUUGAAACUGGGGCAAAUGCUCUCCAUUCAAGAUUCUGCCCUGAUCCCGCCAGAGCUGGCCGAAAUCCUUGAUCGAGUCCGCUACGCAGCCGACAGGAUGCCAGACCAGCAGUUGGAGGUGCCGAUCACCAAAUGGCUCCAAUACACUCGCCAGCUGACAAAUCUCACUGCGCUGUCCCAUACAGGAUGUCAUGAACCAUGA